AUGAAGCACGCGCAGAGACCCGGAAGGUUCUCCUGGAACCUCACAACGCUGGCACUGAUCAUCGCUUGGCUGCCAUGUCACAGCCUUGGAGCUGUUGUGAGAAGAGGGGUGAGCUAUGACUUCGGUACGAGCAUAAGGAACAACUUUACCUCGAACCAAACGACUACAUCACUUGCGGCCACAGCCUCUAAUCGGGUCUCCUCCGGCGACUUCCCAGUGUGUACCGAUCUCAAAGGCCCGUUUGUGCCAUUCUGCCUUCCAGAAGACGGUGCCGAUGUCUUGGUCGACACAACAUAUUAUGUGACCUGGAAUGCUGAUUUCUACCCCUUGAAUGCAACCAUCACGAUUGAACUGCGAUAUUCCGACUCCCAUGAAGGUUCCUCGGCGUUCACUUCUGAGAAGACCGAUAAUAGCUACGGAUAUAUCCCGCUUCACAUGCGGAGGGACUGGCUUCAGGGCAAGUCGAAUAACACGUUGACGCUUUACAUCAUCGAGCUUGAUUCUACUCUCGAUCGCAGAGCAAGCGCACGGCAAGGUCCAACGAUCACACUUCGUCCGAAACCGGUGAAGCACUAUAAACCAUCACCGCCGGCGCGAUUCAAUAAACAGGCAGUAUACAUUGGUGUACCAGUGAGCAUCGUUGUUGUGGGUAUUGUUGUGAUUGCUUUAGUCUGUUCAAUGCGAAGGACCAGGGAAGCGAUAGCCAACAUAUUCCCGAACCCCGGCAGAAGAGGGUACGGCAUUGGGAGGUCCAGGACACAGCGCUUGAGGGGCGACGGCAGAGAAAGUAGUGAUUCUAAUGAAUCCGCAUCUUCUAAGAGGUACCCAACAGACCUUGAGACAGGGCUGCUUGACGGAACGGGGUCGGAGAGAUAUAAUCAUGACCAUGAGCGUGGCGCCAGCUAUCCGUUCAGACGGGAUGUUUCGAGAUUGAAGAGCUGGGUUGGUUGA